AUAUCAAAUUUCUCAAAAAAAGACAAGAUCAGUAACAGUGCUGUGCCAAGCCAUAUAAGGAGCCUGAGGCAAAAGGAAAAAGUCAGUAAUAUUGAUCCUGUCUUUACUUAAAAUUUUGAUAUUCUGUUCAUUUCCUCACUCUUGUCCAGGCUAGCUGACCUUCUCCACAUGUGACAUUCUGCUCUGAAAAUAGAUAUUAUGGAAAGAAAACUAAUGACAUAAAUUAUCACAACCCCCUGGUGGUAUAGACCGUAUCCUUUCUCCUUGUUCUGGAGACUCUGAGACAGAAGGUACAUAAUAGUUGCUCCACAAAUAUUUCUGAUGAUAAUGUUAAUGGCUAACAUUUAUCAGGCUCUUAAUAUGUCAGGUGCUUUGCCAAAAACUGUUAAAUGCAAUGAUCUCAUUGACUCUUCACAACGAUUCUGUGAGGUAGGUAUAGUAUCACUCCUGUCUUACUAUGCCUGACACAUAUUUGAUUAGAAUUUAACAAAUCAAGGAAGAAAGGCAGGAUGGACAGAUAGAAAGAAUAAUGAGAGAAUGAAAAGUGAUGGGCUUCACACUGUUCCUUAGAAGUCCUGUAAGGAUAACCAGCGAUUCCAACUGCCCAGCAAACACUAUCACCACACUUAAAAGGAUCUGCAGAGAAAGGAAACUAACCUUAAAUGCUUAUCACCUUCUUCCAUAGGGAUUAUUUUUGGUAAUUGAGUUUUUUCAACCCAACAGCUUUUUUGAGAACAUAUUUCUUAAAUUCAUUCAUUCCCAAAUAUUUAUUGAGCAAUUACUAUGUGUUGGGCACAGAUCUAGGUGCUGACAACAUCAUGUGAGUGUAACAAGUAAACAAACACAUAAAUAAAAUCAUACAGUAUCAUCAGUGUUAUUCAGGAAACACACGGGUCUGAGAUGGAGGACAGAGAUGUGACGGGAGCAACUCUAGACAGGUGGGCCCAACAUGAUCAGACCCAGCAAGGCUCAUAACAGUCAAGUUUUUGCAAAUCUAAUCAAUCAAACUCCCUACAGAGCAUGAUAUUUUACAGCUGAAUGACUUACUCAUACGGAGGACAGUUUUGAAAAGCAACACUCAUUUAUUUAUCUUCUAUACACACAGAUCUGUAGAAAAGUUAUUCACGCCAUCAAGGGUUCAAGAACACAGUAUCAGGAAAACGUUGGGAAAUGUUCUGCCUUCUGUCUGCCCCACCCCAUGGGCCCAGAUAAAUGUCUAGAUUUAUGGAAUUCCAGAGGAGCCUCUUGAACCUGACAAUGCCAAGAAGGAGCCUAGGAAUGUACGAUCUUUGAAAGUCGAAAGGAAUUAUGUGCAAAAAGAUGGCAGCCGAGAGAAGCAAGGAGAAGUCACUUACUUUGAUGUUUCUCCUUACUUCUUGUUGCCCAAUCAGCUUCCAAAGGCCAGUGAUGUAGAAAUUCUCCAUUUUUCAAACAACCCCACCCAGCAUAGUGGCACUUUGAUCUCUAAAACAUGAGAGAGGAGCAGUGGACAGUGGAGAAUAUAAAUGGCUUUGAAAGGUCAGUGAGAAAAAAAGAAAUAAACAGGGAGGAAACCAUGUGGAGUUGAAGGGAUGAAAGCAAGCCAUGCUUGAGCUACCUGCCAAAAUUAAAGAUAACUCCCGUGAGAGGCCAUGUUUCACAGAUGAGUGUGCUGUCAUGGUUAUGGGUACCUACCCAUCCUUGUGAUUUCUCUGAGAGAUGGCAUCUUGACUUCCGUGUGCACCUUCCUGGAGAUGCUAAAUACCAGGGCCAGAUUAAUCUCUCAGUUUAGCUUCUUGGAUACAAGAUUUCAGCUCACUUCCAAGCUCUUUCAUCCCUUAUCAAACACCACUCGUUUCCUGGGGCCUUCGUUGAUGUUUUCCUGCUCCAUCUCCUUCCCAUAAAACCCACCUGGUUCCUGCCAACAGCUGGGUUGUGUGUGGAUCUGUGUUUGGAAUACCAAUGACGUGUUCACAAGGCCAUGAGAGCCGUCGGGCAUGAUGAAACAGGGCAAACAGCGCAAAGGAAACAAUGGUCCCUUUUGGACUUUUCAUGCGGGAUCAAAGAGAGUUGGCAAGUGAAAAGAACUUCUAAAAAUAGCCAAAGUCCUUAAAAAGAAAUAAUGCAGAAGGAAACAAGUUUUAUAUCGUCCUAAUGCAGGCUCUGCGAAAACUAGGCCCUGGAAGGCUGGCGCUGGGGCAGGGGAUUAUUUUCUUCCUGCCCUUUGGCUGUGACACCCACUGGGUCCCUUUGCAAAUCCUGGGCCCUGCUCCCCCUCCUGCUUCCUGCGUGGUGCCGGAUGCCUCUGCAGGAAUGUAGCUCUUGGGGCACAGCUGGGGCCUCCGUGGCCCGCUUUCAAGAUCCAGAAUAGACUCUGACAUGUGAAACGAGCUCAAUGGGGCUUACAUUCCUCCUUCGUAUCCAAGCACCUUAAAACCCAAAACCGCACGCUGGGAUUGCUAACCAUUCUUCCAGAGACGCCUGGAUAUCAUCUGUCUGGAAGAAAUCCUUGAAAGCGCCAUAACCAGCAGCUUCUGAGCCAUGGCUGAAGGAGAAAUCACAACCUUCACGGCCCUGACCGAGAAGUUUAAUCUGCCUCCAGGGAAUUACAAGAAGCCCAAACUCCUCUACUGUAGCAAUGGGGGCCACUUCCUGAGGAUCCUUCCAGAUGGCACAGUGGAUGGGACAAGGGACAGGAGCGACCAGCACAUUCAGCUGCAGCUCAGUGCGGAAAGCGUGGGGGAGGUGUAUAUAAAGAGUACCGAGACUGGCCAGUACUUGGCCAUGGACACCGACGGGCUGUUGUACGGCUCACUUAAUAAAUUUACAGCUGCAUUGGAUUCCACUGUAUGGAUGUACCACUCUCCACGUAACCAAUCACCUUUCUAUGGAUACUUAGCAGACACCAAACGAGGAAUGUUUGUUCCUGGAAAGGCUGGAGGAAAACCAUUACAACACCUACACAUCCAAGAAGCAUGCAGAGAAGAACUGGUUCGUUGGUCUCAAGAAGAAUGGGAGCUGCAAACGCGGUCCUCGGACUCACUAUGGGCAGAAAGCAAUCUUGUUUCUUCCCCUGCCCGUCUCCUCUGACUAAAGAAAUCUGUUCUGGGUACUGACCACUCCAGAGGAGCCUGAAGGAGUCCUCACCUGGUUGACCCCAGAUUGUUCCCUUGACCAUUGGCUGCGCUAACCCCUGGCCUACAGAGCCUGAAUUUGUAAGCAAUGCGCUUCUAAAUGCCCAGUUCACUUCUUUGCAGAGCCCUUUACCCCUGCACAGUUUGGAACAGAGGGACCGAAUUGCUUCUAGGGGCCAACUGGCUGGCCAGUCUGGGUCUGGUUUGGAUGUCCGUUGCCUCUGGGCACCUGCUGCAGGCUGAGCCUCUCAAUACAAAGGUGGGGCCAAAGGAAGUGUGUUCAGGGGCUGCCAAGUGGGUCAUCAGUAACUGCAUAUGAUUCCCUCCUCUGAACAAACUCUGUCUGUGAUCCCCCAAACAUCUGGCAUGACUCCCUUUCAUCCUUUCAAUACCCCACAAAUAUUAGCAGAGAAGCUUACAGCUAGGUUAGAGGAAGGCAGCGUUCCAUCAGUACAAACAGGGAUGGAGAAACCCCCCCUCAAGAACAGAAGGGAUUAAAAUGGCCAGGGGAGAUGAGAUGGGAUUUUGGUGGACAACUUAGAGGACCGAUCUCAAUGCCAAAUAAUGGAAGGAUGGGAGGCUCAGCCACAGGAAAGCAGAAUAAACGCAAAGCCCUGGGAGCCGCUACGAUGCCUUGACUUUCCCAAGGUUACCUGGUAGCAGGAAGUCCCCGAAUGGUGUCAGGUGGAGAGCAGGAGAAAUGGGUUCUUGAUAAAAGCAAGGACAUCGGAUGUUGGUAAAUCCGUUUGGGUCCGGGGAGUGGAUGUGGGAGUGAAGAGAAAGAAAGGGAAACACGGGCUGAGGGGAAUCAUGCUCAGGAUGAUUCUAGAAGUGAGAAGGAACGAGAAAGGGAUGUCAUGACUAGUGCUUGGCCACCAGAAAGCAGGGGCUUUGGGGUCCUAGGGCAGUGCUCACAGGUCAUACGGGGAUCUUGUUUGAGUGUAGAUUCUAGUUCAGUGGGUCUGGGGUGCAGGUUUUACAUUUCUAACAUGCUCCCAGGUGCUGUAGAUGCUGCUGCCUCCCCCCAUCCCCACCCCUACCCCCCAUACUUUAAGCACCAAAAUCCCACAGAAGGUUAUUCAAAUGACGGUGGCUCAAACCCCUGACCUCUCUCUUGCCUCAUCCUUAAAAACCGCACCCCCCUGUCUCCCACCCCAGUCUUCCUGAGCAUUUGGGCAGCAUCGGCAGUUACGCUGUGUUAAGGAGCGUGAAUUUAAGGCGCUUUGGCCCAAUGCCUAUUAAAUGCCCAUUUAGAAGAUAUACAAAAGCAUACUUCAAAAAUGUUAAACCCUCACAAACGGCUUUUCCCAAGAGAUCAUUUGUGUUACAAUUACUUGUAUAAAUAUGCUUCCUGCUUAAAGUAAACUUGACCCAAGUGGCUAGCAAAUUAGAAACACCAUUCAUCUCUGACAUAUGAUACUGUUGCCAUGUAAAGGCCUUUAAUAAGCCAUUUAAAUUUACUGUGAGACUGUAUGUUUUAAUCACAUUUAUAAAUAUAUAGCUCAAAGGCAGUUAAACUGCUUAGCAUUCAGCCACUGAGAAUUACAAUAAGAUACAAUGUAUAAGCUACUCAAUUAUCUAUUACUUUUACUACAAUUACCUAUAAAAUGAGAUCUUUCCUUGUUUUCCACUGUGCUGUUACAAAUAUUUUCUUUGGAAAUGGGGACUCUUAAGCAAUGAUAUGAUAAUUGUGGAUAAAAAUUGAUGAGAGUGUUAGCUCAUGUUUUAUAAGGAAUUGAAGUAAUUAUUAAUUGAAAAAUAACUCCUUAGUAAUUGAACUGUCAUAUUUUGAAUGAAAGAAAACAACAAUUUGUGGAAGUUCAAAGCGAUACUGUGAUCGAGGAACUGAACUAAGUUAAAACCAUGGUUAAUAAUCUCAUUCUGCAUUUGAACAGCAAAACAAUUUCAUAACUUUUCUUUGGUUUUGUAACAUGGAUAAUUCUAUUUUAUUUUAGUAAAUCUUUGCAGGCAAGUUGGGGAUAGUGCGAUGUGGCUUCACAUCUCUUUACUAUGAAGAUUUGGCCAGAAAAAGGUAUCCAGAGAGGAAAUCCAAGAUAUUUAUAAUGGUCUAUAAUUUUUAGUGUAUGAAUCAAAUUCAAGUAUAACAUUGGCCAGGAAAAAUUAAAUACUGUUGCUGACCGAUGAGACGGAAGUCUGGUUUCAGAGACCCAAAACAUUGUAGAAGAAACCCUACCGUGACCUGGACAACCUCAGCCCAGUCAUCGUCACGUAUUCAUUCAAUGAAUAUUCAUUAAGUGCCUACUGUGCGCCAGGCACUGUGCCAGGUACUGGGGCCCUGGGAACCUUCUCUGUCUGGUUUGCUGCUGCAGUCUCUCCCAGGGCAUUAUAUUUAUGAGGAAAGAGUCUGUGGAUUCAUUGCUUUCAGUCAAGUAAAAACAGACUGGGUAGGUUUCUGCUGAAUAAACUGCUUUCAGUCAAGUAAAAACAGACUGGGUAGGUUUCUGCUGAAUAAACUGCAAGUCCCAGAAACACAGGUUUGGGAAGAAUUAGCAACUCCCAGGAUAAGAUAAGUCCCCAUGAAAGUGUCAGCGGACAUGGGAAGGUAAACCUAAUGCUUUCAACCGUAGAACCAUAUCAGCUUCUGCAGGACCCCUUUCAAAUCAGGAAGAGAGCCUGUCAGAUCUCAUAAGGAGCUCCCCGCUCCAUUUUGAACAUGCUCUGGUUCCUUAAACGUGGAGCAUUCCUGUUGCUCUUUCUCUUCCUUCAGUAAGUCUUGUCACCAUCUGCCUGUCAUAUGCUUCUCAGGUGAAUUCAUUUUCAGACCAACUGUUGAGUCACCUGACAUUCUGAACAAAGCAUCAGGAGCGUAUAUGCUUUCUAUUGUUCUCGAUGUGGUGGUGGAGGUGGUGGUGAUCUGCUUCCUUGGAAGGGAUAAUAAUUAAAGCCUCCUAUGGCCAACAGUGUGUACUUAUAAAAAUCUGACGGAAGCAUCACGUGUUACUGAAGAUCAAGGUCCUUGCUUUGUGUGGGAGGUGAAAUCCUCAGCCUUGUGGAACAUACUGCUUAAACCAACUGAGCUCAUGGGCUGCAAAGCAGACCUCUGAUGAAGAAGAUGCCUGUCAUUUUACAUCACUGUCUCUCUUUUUUGCACCUUACAAGUAUUAAUAAAUGUUCCACUAAUGGGUGAUAAUA